GAAAAGCUUUUUGGGUUUUUGACAUUUUGUGGAGUGUGGUAGAAAUUGGCUUCAGGAUCAGGACCCACUUCGCUAGAGGAGAAAGUGUUAGAAUUCAACAAACAACCCCAGUGGGCCCUCUCUCUCUCUCUCUCUCUCUCUCUCUCUCUCUCUCCAGUGAUAGUCUUUUUGUUUGGUGGUUUUUAAGGAAAGGGAAAUAUAAAGGAUUGUUUGCUGCUACAAAUGAUGGCGAAUAUGCUUUCUUAUGUCAUGUAAUUUUCUUUUCUUGAUUGUGCAUUCUUGGGGAUCGGGUGAUUUAUCUGAUCUCGGAUUCAUGAGAUUCUAUUGUUUCUGCAAAUCCUUGAUUAGUUUCAGGACAAAAUUUGCUGGACUGAUAUUGAAAAGCGAUGGGUUGGCUAACCAAAAUUUUAAGAGUUUCUAGCUAUAAAGGGCAGUAUCUUGGGAAGUAUGCAGAAGAUAGAUAUUGGGAUGAGCCUCACCAUUCAGUGGAUGAUGUAUCAGAUUUUGACAGAGAAGAUAUUGAUUGUGCUAUUGCACUUUCUCUUUCAGAACAAGAUCAAAAAGGGAAAAAGGUCAUUGCAGAGGAAGAUGAUGGCUCCUCUCAGUCAGAGGAAGCUGAAGGGCGUGCAAAAGCAGAGGAAGCUGAAAGGCGUGCAAGAGCAGAGGAAGCUGAAAGGUGUGUGAGGGCUGAGGAAGAUGAAAGGCAUGUGAGAGCUCAACUAGAGGAGGAUGAACAACUUGCUAAAGCUCUUCAAGAAAGUUUAAAUGAGUCACAAUAUGAUUUUGGAAAUGCGAUUUCACCUUAUCCAUUUCUCUUUCCAUCUGGCUAUAGGAUUUGCGCUGGGUGCAAUACUGAAAUUGGUCGUGGACGCUAUCUAAAUUGCAUGGGUGCAGUUUGGCAUCCUGAAUGCUUCCGUUGCGAUGCUUGCAAUCAGCCAAUUACUGAUCCCGAGUUUUCUAUGUCCAAGAAUCGUCCUUACCACAAAUCCUGCCAUAACGAGCGCCAUCACCCAAGAUGUGAUGUCUGCAACAACAAUAUUCCAACAAAUUCAUCUGGUCUCAUCGAGUAUAGAGCACAUCCUUUCUGGAAACAAAAAUAUUGCCCCUCACAUGAGCGUGAUGGGACUCCUAGGUGCUGCAGUUGUGAAAGAAUGGAGUCCAGAGACACAAGAUAUCUAUCCCUUGAUGAUGGUCGCAAGCUAUGUCUAGAGUGCCUUGACUCUGAAAUAAUGGAUACUCAUGAAUGCCAACCUCUUUACUUUGAGAUACGAGAAUUUUAUGAAGGUUUGAAUAUGAAGGUGGAACAGGAAAUUCCUUUACUUUUGGUCGAGAGACAAGCUUUGAAUGAGGCCAUGGAGGGAGAAAGGAAUGGUCAUCAUCACUUACCAGAGACGAGAGGACUUUGCUUAUCAGAAGAGCACACUAUCCCCACUGUUUCAAGGGGGCCAAGAAUUGGAGCAGGCUACCGGUUCAUAGACCUAAUAACUGAGCCUUACAGGCUAAGCCGUCGGUGUGAAGUGACUGCAAUCCUCAUCUUGUAUGGCCUCCCCAGAUUGCUGACAGGUUCAAUCCUGGCGCAUGAAAUGAUGCAUGCAUGGCUUCGGCUUAAAGGUUAUCCUAACCUAAGUCCAGAGGUCGAAGAAGGUAUAUGCCAGGUGCUGGCUCAUAUGUGGUUGGAUUCAGAAAUCCACUCUAGUUCUCUAAGUGAUGGUGCUCCAUCAUCAUCAUUAUCAUCCGCGUCUUCAUCUUCAUCAUCUCCAUCAUCAAAGAAGGGAAAGCGGUCUGACUUUGAGAAGAAACUUGGUGAAUUUUUUAAACACCAGAUCGAGUACGAGAUGUCAGCAGCUUAUGGAGAGGGAUACAGGGCUGGUAACAAGGCAGUGGAGAAAUACGGCCUCAGGAGUACCCUCAACCAUAUUCGGCUGACUGGAACCUUUCCAGUCUGAUUUACUGAUUGAAUAAAACAGUAACAAUAAUAAGUCUCUCCCCUGAAAAAUACAAAGAUAAUGUUAUAGUUUGCAGGAUCCAAACAUAAAAAUGAAUACCUCUAGGAGACUGGAUAGGCAAUGAAAAUGCUCUUGCCUAGUGCCUAUAUGAAAAUAUGCAACUGUAGUAACGUUGUCUUAAAGUUGGUAUAUCACUGCAUGUUAUGACAAAGAUAUUGAAACUCUACAGUAUACAGAGGAGUAUGUUCAUCUUUCAA